CCACAGUGUUUUAAACAGACUCUGUGGACCACGCCAUCUGUUUAAAACGAAUACCUUUUUAAAUUGCUCCCUUCGCCCGUCAGCCGCCCGCCAUGUUCGAGGUCGUCUCCGCGGUCCUCGCCUUCUUCAUGAUCCUGGGGCUCACCUUCAUCAAUGGCUUCUGGCUUGUCACGCUCGAUGAGCUCGAACUCGACCAUCUCAACCCGGCCGACGUCUGCAAGCGCCUCAACAAGGUCGUUGUGCCCGAGAUGGCGGUGCACGGUCUCCUUCUCUUUGCCUGCAUUCUCGGCUGGUCGCCUUGGGUGCUCUUGCUCAACCUUCCGAUCGCAGUCUACCACGGCAAGAAGUUUUCGACGAACCAGCACUACUUGGACCCGACCGAGAUCCUCCGCUUCAAGAACCUCAAGGCGUCGCGCAACGAGGCGAUCGCCAAGACGAUCUUCUUUGGGCUUCAGAUCAUCUACGGCAUGUACUGGAUGGUCUCGGCCAUCAUCACGUCGUCCGUGCGAAAGACCAUCACGUAAUGCGUGGCUAUGGCCUCAAAACUUGUAACAUCGUGUUUACGCUUGGUUCCCGUCUUAAUGGGCGCGGUGCUUGAGCAAGAGCUUGAGCGCGAGACCUGCAAUCAUGACGGCGCCGG